UCGAUCGCAAAUUUUUGAGGUCCGAGUACCCAACUCCGCGGGUGUACUGUACACGUUCCAUCACUCUGUACCGGGCAGAAUCAAUGUCCCUUUUAAAACCGAAUGUGAACGUGUCUACUGUCCGCUACACAAGUCGUAGACAAGUGUUAGACAUUCCAUUGUUCUACUUGUCAAUUGUUUGGAUUCAUCUUACUCAAAUACUUUGGGCUGCGUUUCAUCUUUCUUUCACAAUCGACUUAGCUUUGUAUUAUGGACGCCGAACGUAAAGCCAUUGUUGACUUCUUGUCUCGACCUGAAAUCAAAGAUUUUGCGAUGCGCUCGGAUGCAAAGUAUCAAAUAAAAUGUGCAGAGGAAUCUAUUAAAGCUAGAAAAAAAGGAAAUAACAUAUAUAUUAAAAAAAAACACACAGCCGAUGAUCAUCAAAUGAUUCUGUAUUUUUAUAACAAAAGUAUAGCUUAUGCUCCUAAUGAAUCUGAAGAAUUGAUGUAUGCUUAUAGUAAUAGAGCAUAUUUAUUGAUGCACGUCAAUAAAAAUAAUGAGGCGAUAGAUAGUUUAGAUAAAGCCUUACGAUUGACAAAUUCAAGCAAGAUGAAGUUGAAACUAUAUUGCCAAAAAGUCAAAUGUCUUGCUGCUCUUGGAUCUUCAACAAAAGAUGAUGUAUUGAAAGAGAUUGAUGAAAUUUUCCAUACAUCAAAGAUAUCCGUAGAGGAUGCAACUUUAGUAUCUACUAUUAUUGAGAAAACAAAGUCUGAAGUAGCAUCAAUGAAGCAGUUCAAACCUACUGAUCAGAAGUUCUUAUCAGAAGAAAAAGAGCGCAAUAAAAUUAUUAUUGAAAAAGAAAAGGUUGACUCAUUUGAUGUUGUUGAAAUAAAAUCGACGAAAAAUAUGGGAAAAGGUCUAUAUGCCAAAACUGAUUUUAAAACAGGUGAUAUAGUGCUAAUAGAAAAACCUUGUUUAAUUCAGCCAGACUUUUCCAAUCAAUAUGUAUUCUGCUCUCAAUGUUUAGCAGUCGCAUGGACUGGAAUUCCAUGUGAAACAUGUCAUGAUUAUAUAUUUUGUUCUCUAAAAUGUAAAAGCAUGGCCUGGGAAGAUUAUCAUCACAUUGAAUGCUCAAUAACACCAUAUCUUAUUUUAUAUAACCCACAAAUAGUGAAAUGGAUUCAUAUGAGUCUUAAAUUUUUGAUAUCAUUAAUGAAAAAUAAUAAAACGAUUAAUGAGUUCAAAUCAAAACUGAAAUUUUCUAAGAAAAAUCAAGUUGAAAUGAUAAAUGAAGAACUUGAACAAAGAAUUGAAUUAUUUAAUAAAUUAAUGAGUUUUUCUCAUAUUUUACCACAGAAACCAAAUUUUCUUGCAACUUGCGCUACUAUUAAUACAUUGAUUUAUCUGAUGAAGUAUACAUCUUUUUUUCCUGAACAAUUGAAAAAUUUGCAAUACAAUGAUUUAUCAAAGAAUAAAGAUUUUAUUUUUAUUGGAUCUUUGCUCUUAAGAUUGGUAAAAAUAAGUGCUGUUAAUGUUCAUUGUAUAGCAGAUGAAUCUACAGAGAUUAGUAGUGAAGAAGAGAGUCAAAAACAUCUUUGUCAUACUAAAUCUAGAGGAUUUUGCAUGGGAGUUAUCAGUAGCAUGACCAAUAACAGUUGUACACCAAAUAUUAGAAGAUGUUUCACAGAUGAUAUGAAGUAUGUUUUUUAUGCCAUGGAACCAAUUACUAGAGGAACUCAGCUUUUAGAUGCAUAUAAAGCCUGCUUUUAUAACUGUCCAUUGAUGCGUAGAAAAGAACUACAUGAAAAUUUUGUAUGCCAAUGUAUUGCUUGUGAGGAAGAUUGGCCUUCUCUUUUAAUACCUGAUGUAGAUGAAGUAUUCAUGUCUCAUAAACAGCAAUUUGAGCCAAAAACUUUUUUCACAGAAUUAAGAUUUAUGCAGAAAAUCUCUCCAUUAGUACACCGAAUGACUCAGAAAAAUUAUUAUUUUGAUAAAGAUUUAAUACAAGCUAUGACUGAUAUGAUGAAUGAAAUAGUUCAGGUACUGCCCCAACCUAGUUUAGCUAGAAGUACGUUAUUUUAUCAUCUUGAUCUUAUUCUUGGAAAUUAUUACGGUCUCACUAUUAACUUUGAAAACUCUUGUUGCAAAUAAAAUUCAUUUUUUCAUAGUUUGCUGGUCAGUUUUCAAAAAACUAAUAUGUUUAAAUAAUUUAACGUGUAGACUUAGUUCGUGAGAGGAUUUUGAAUUUAGCAGAAUUUUAGUUUUCUGAUUUUCUCGCGUGUUAUAUUAAAAUUGAACCGACGAAUGCGGCUGAAACGAUCUCUCUGAAUUUUGACGGUCAGCUACUCAAGAAAACUGUCGUCAAUACAUUGGUUUUUUGCCCUUUUGGAGCUUAUUAAGAAAUUAAGAUUCAGUGUCUUCGUAUUCAAUACAAAAAUCCCUUAAUAAUAAAAAUAUUUAAAAAACAUUGAUUCUUAUUAUUAAAUACUACCUACCUUUAAAUACUAUCCAUACUUU